CACCCGUUAGCGUUUUUCUUCAUCAGUGGUUUGGAAAAUGCUUUACACCUGAAUGAUACUACUAAGAAACGCAACAUAAAUACACUGUAAAUAGUUAAAACAUGAUAUUUAGAUCAGGCCUCGCCCAUUAUAGAACCUACGCUCGCGUCUUUCAAGCGUACGAUUUGCGCAUGCGCAACGUCAAUUGCGUAGAAACCACCAACAACAAAUAUGGCGGACGAACACACUGAUGCCGAGCAGAGCAUGGAGGGACACACUCCUGUACCAGAAAAUCCUCAUGCAGAAUAUGGCCUCACUGAAAACAUCCAGAGAAUAGUGGAGAAUGAGAAAACAACCGCUGAAAAAGUCACCAAACAGAAGGUGGACCCUCAGACCCUGCAGACCCUUCCUACACGAGCGUACUUGGAUCAGACUGUGGUUCCUAUUCUCCUGCAGGGCUUGUCAGUUCUGGCCAAGGAAAGGCCUCCAAAUCCCAUAGAGUUUUUAGCUGCAUUCUUACUGAAGAACAAGUCCCAGUUUGAGGAACGGAAUUAAAGCCACAGCGUGCGAUGUAAUCCUAAAUCUUUCAGUUUUUUGUUUUGUGUUGUGAACUUAAAUGUAAUGGUGUCACACUCUUCAAAUUGUUUGUUUGUAGUUUUUUUAAGCUCUAAUAAAAAUGUUCAAGCAGCCAUAUGUUUCACU